GUCGCUUUGAUGCCGUUACGAUGCAUUGCGGGAAGUUGAGUGCUGCUACUGUACACAAAGCGUUCGCUGCUCUCGCAGGUUUCAGGCGCUGGGCGUCAUUUGCGGCAUGCUCGCUCCUGCCGCACCUGGCGAGGGCCCUGAGCGCUCCUGCCCGACGCCACGAGCGUACCUUCCUCGCGGCGCACCCACCAAGGGCAAGAGCGACUGGCAAACAGAACCACCGAAACAACGUCUUCUCAUUGCUCGAGCCCGCCGCCCACGAGCACACCGCAAGACGUGAUCCACUGCAUCGAUAGCGUCUAUCUACGCCAUCUCGGCCAGUCGUUCGUAGCGUCCCAGUAGUUACCAACGGCGGCUAUGCGCCUGCGCGCUGCUACUGGCCAGUCCCAUCGCGGCCACCGCAGCCCUUCAGCCACGCACACUCGCUCUAAAUAUACCCACCACCACCUGUUCAUCAGCUCCAGCGACACUUCUGCAAAGGCAUUGGUGUGCACCCGUCUCUUCUCCGCAACGAUGAACAGCGUGGCAUGCGCAUGAAUGGAUCCACGCUCUGCACACGCCAUCUCAAAUCAUUCACCUGUCUGUCAGCAGUCAGCUUCCAAAUGUCCGCAUCUCCCACGCGCAAUCUGCAAUGCAUGUCGUGCGGGAGGAGCAUGCUUGUUGGCGUGUGCCGACCCCGGACCUGGCUGCUGUCACGCUCCCACUGCAGAUCCAGCGAGAUGCUCGG